GCAAGCGAGUGGAAUCAUAACAUUACACUGAAAGUCUCUUUACUUUCACUCGUAUCGUUUAGUUUCGGCUGUUUGAUUAAACUUUUCCGAUGGCGGCGGUUUCUGACUGUCUUUGACGAGCGGAAGCGGCAGAAAGGCUGAGUGUUUCGUCGGCUGUUGCUGUGAAAUGAAAACAUGUCGCUGGUCGCUGUGAAAGCUAACCGACAGCAGCAGCAGCUAGCUAGCUCACGGCUGUUCGUGUGUGAGGUCUGUCACCGCGCAAAAUGACAAGAAGACGAGCAAAGCAGUGACACGUACAGCUGACAGCAUGUGACACACACACUCGUCUCACACACCAUCAAAAAAGUUGGUUUGAAAGAUGCCUCGCCUGGAAGAGUUGGCCAACGUCGCCCUGAGGGUGCCGAGCAUCCUGCUGCUGGACCUGCUCUACAAAUGUGACAUUGAAGGGUUAACGGAGCACCUCAAGGCCAAAAAUGAAGACAUGCUCUUCAAAUACAAAUAUGUCAUCUGGAACAUGUACUACAUUGGUCAUCUGAUAAACCUGGUGGUGUUGGUUCUGCCGUUGAGACACAUCGUGACGCUCUACCUCCAUAUCCUGGCUGCUCUUCUCCUGUACAUGGGGCAUCAGAUUUCCAAGGAUUAUGUUCGUGAGGAGCUGCAGUACGGUUAUGAAGGAGCCGUGUACCGUGAUUCUCUGGCCUUUAACAGAUUUGUCUCUGCGAUGACCAGUCAGAUUAUUCUCAGCACGCUGUGUGCCUUCCUCAUGAAGACCAGAAAGGUGUGGUUGUUCUCUGCUCACAUGCUCCCCCUGCUGGCCCGACUCUGCGCCGCUCAUCACGCCACGCUAAUAACCAUCAACACGUUCUCCAUGGGACUAACCGGGGCGGGCAUCACCGUGUUCCUCCUCUCACAUCUCUUUGUGCCAUAUCGCCUCGCAAAGGCUGCCUACUCAGAGCUGCUGCAGCUGGAGGUGAUCGAGCUGUACCGGCUUCUGGCUGUGGGAAUCUCCCUGUGGAACCAGUUUGCCGUCCCAGUGCUCUUCAGUGUCUUCUGGUUCGUUCUGUUUGUCGUCCAGCUGUGCUCGGACACCUUGUCCGGCGCCGCCUCAGCAGGUCAUCAGGGAAUCAUGUUCUUCCUGCUCACGAGUGUCUCUGAAUGUUGUGCCACGCCGUACUCUCUGCUGGGUCUGACCUUCGUCGUGUCCUAUCUCGCUCUCGGGCUGCUCAACCUAUGCAAGUUCUACCUGGGAGGUUACGCAGCUGUUCAGAACGAGAACGUCAUGCACAGAGGUGUGACGGAGGGCGUCACUCUGCUCCUGCUCGCUCUUCAGACGGGCCUGUUAGAUAUGCAGGCUCUGCAGCGCACCUUCCUCCUCAGCAUCAUCCUCUUCAUCGUGGUGACGUCGACGCUGCAGUCGAUGAUCGAAAUAACAGAUCCGGUCAUUCUGGCCCUGGGGGCGUCCCGCAACAGGAGUGUGUGGAAACAUUUCCGAGGCCUCAGCAUGUGUCUGCUUCUGCUGGUUUUCCCCGUGUUCAUGGCUUAUAAAAUCUCCCAGUUCUUCCACAUGGACUUCUGGCUCCUGAUCCUGGUGUCCAGCUGUAUGCUCACUUCCCUUCAGGUUACGGGCACGAUGCUGAUCUACUCCCUCUUCAUGGUGGAGCUUUUCCGCAGCGACCCGAUCGAGAGCCUCGACGAGGUGAUCUACUGGGUGAACGCCGUCAGCAGGGUGCUGGAGUUUGUGGUGGCGCUCUGCGUGGUGGCGUACGGCACCUGGGAGUCGCUGUUUGGCGAGUGGAGCUGGAUGGGCGCCUCCGUCAUCAUCAUCCACUCCUACUUCAACGUUUGGCUCAGAGCGCAGUCCGGCUGGAGGAGCUUCCUGCUCAGACAGGAAGCGGCCAAGAAGAUCAACUCUCUCCCCAAAGCCACGGCGGAGCAGCUGCAGCAGCACAACGACGUCUGCUCCAUCUGCUUCCAGGAAAUGAGCUCCGCUGUGAUCACAUACUGUGGACAUUUCUUCCACGGAAACUGCCUCCGAAAGUGGCUGUACGUGCAGGAGACCUGCCCCAUGUGCCACCAGACGGUCCGACCCACCCCGACCGGUCCGAGCCCGGCUCCAGGCGACGCUCCGGCUGCUCAGAGAGACGCAGGAGCGGAUCCGGCUGCACAACAAGACGGAGACCAGAACCAGGACGACGGCCAAGAGACGCAGAGCGAAGCUGUGACCCCUGAUCCCAGCGAGGAGCGGGAGGAGGCUAAAAACCUGGAGGGAGGAGAUUGUGAGAGAGAAGAUGGAGAAGCUGAACCUCACGGGGACGCUGUACACGGGCUGCGGUUCAGCUCCAGUGGAGACUUUGUCGGAUUUGUGAGUCCGGAGUCGAGCUGCUCUUCUGGUGUGCUGCUGCGAGAAACUUCUAACAUGCACAACGAGGGCGAGGAGAGCGGCUCAACGCUGCCAUCGACUCUUAACGAGAACACAGCAGAGGACAAAUGUGGCUCCAACGGAGCAGAGCUGGAAGACAGCUUUACUUUCUGUCCUGGAGCGCCACAAAACGGCGACGACAGCUCACCGAAAUCAUGGAACAGCCUCCAUGCACCAAACACAAAUCUUGAGGCGUCCGCUGUGAGCCUCGUCGGCGGCCAAACGUCCGUCAGAUCACGUAAUAAAAACUCAGAACUUUUAGACACAUGCACUGACGACCCUCAGAGUCAGAAAGGUAACGGCACAUGUUCGGACUCGGACCUGGACGCGCUCCGAGAGGCUGAAACUGUCCCUCAGACGCCGCGGCCGUCCGCCUCAGAUGCCACCUUCUCUUGCACAAACACAGACGUCAGUGACUGACUGCAUCAGUGCCUUGGGAGGGUGUGAACGGGUCAUCCUCCAUGACGGGAACGAAACACGUUUGCCUUCUCUCUCUGUGAACCAAUCAAAAAGUCUCUGACCAGACAGUGUAAUGAAUGUGCUGCAGUUUAGGAAAUAACUUCAACAUAGAAAGUGUGUUAAAUUGUAAAACUGUAAAGAAAUUGUAAAAAAUAUAUAUUAUAAAUCAAAGAGAUUAUGUGUAACUGUAAAGUGGUGCAUCAGUAUUUAUACUGCCAAAUCUAACGAGUUGAUUUUACUAGGAAACAGUAAAAAAAAUGCAAGUAAAUGUAACUAUUGAUCCUAAUAAUAUCUUGACUUAACGUCUUAUUGCUGAUAGAGCUGGGCGAGAUGGCCUGAAAAACAUUUUUUUUUAAACAAAACUCAAUUUAUAAUUUUAAUUGAUUUUUUUUCCUUCUUACAAACAAAAAGAAGUUUUGCUUUUAUUUUAGCGUUAAAACAGUAGAUUAUUGGAAAUGAUCAAUUCUAAAAAUCAAAAAGAAACAAAAUCCUAAAUUGCAUUUUAAAAAUGUGUUCUAAACUGCAAAUUUGAAUUAAUCUAUAAAAUUGAUUAUUACCUAGCCCCAAUUGCUACAUUUACUUAAAUUUGAUUGUAUUUACUUGAUUUUGUGGAGUUGUUGCAACUUAAAAAUGACAGUUUAAUUUAAUCAAUCUUUCUAAGUUUUAGCAACUUCAGUAAACCAAGUUCACUGUGUUGUCUAUCUGUAUUCUUGUUGCAUACGAGUCAAUCAAAUUUGCAUUUUCUAAAAUAUGUUAACAAAACAGAACUCAGAUCUUAUAACUUAAUCAUCAGCAAAAUCCUCUUUUUGAUCAAAUCAAGUCAGACCGACUUGUUUUACUGAGGUUGUUAACACUUAGAAAGAACAAGGUCAUUUUAUGUGUCAUUUUUAAGUUGCAACAACUUCACAAUUUAUUUUUUACCUUUAUUUUAGGAUUUUCAACAUAGAACGAACACUCGGUACGUCUGUUAAACAUCUCAGCCACAGAAUUCUUUACAGAUAAAAAAUAAUAAUAAUGAUAAUAAAGGUAAAUACAUAUACACAGAGAUAAAGGGUUUACUGUUAAACUGUCGGUUAAUUUAAAGUAAACUUAACACUUUGAUAUAAAUCAAACAUUAAUUAAGAUCUGUAGUUAGAUUUACUUUCUAUUUAUUAUUUUAAGUCAGAUCAACUUUUCAGAUUUUACAGUGUAGCAAAUUCUAGACGGUUACAGUGAAGAGAGAAAAUUCAUUUCAAUCAUUAAUUCUCAUGUUUUUGGUGACGUGGCAGAAGAAAAAGUUUCAUUUGUCUUUGUAAUUCAUGGAUCAGCCUUUUGUACUGCAAAGGUUCUCUGUCCCCCAGUAUUACACCACAGCUGUGAAGUUUUUUUCUGUUACUGUAGUUUCUGUGUUAAUAAAACCCGACAGGUGCACAGUGAGGCUGACGUCGUGUGCCAGAUGAAGUCUAAACAGAAAUCACUUCUGUAGCCGUAAGCUAAAAGAGUCCAGAUGAAAUGUUUGUUUGAUAUGUUGCUUCAGAGAUAAUAAAAUGUUCUGCAUCACUGUA